UUUGUAUACCCCCUCUCUACUUUAAACCAAUUCACGAGUUAAAGCGCGUAAGCGCGUGCUAACCUCACCCUGUUCCUGACCUUCAAAAUCAUCUCUCCCUCUCUUAAACUCUACUGCUGCACAUAAACACACCUUGGAAACAUCACUCGUCAAAAUACUCGACCAGCCCUCUCUUUCUCUCUCUCCAUAUUAUAUAUAUAUAAAUUAUAUACACGCAUAUACAUGUGUCUGCCCUUCUUACUCUGCGAUUGAUUUUAACUUUCAAUGGCGAUUCCAACAUCGUUUCUUGCUUUCAGAACUAAGAAAGCGAACCUAUACAAAAUAACAGUCACAACAAUUCUCUGUACAGUCUUCUAUUUCAUUGGUUUCUACCAAAACUCUCGCGGUAGAGUCCCUCUUUCCACCUCUCGUUCUUCCAUCUUCGACUGCGCCCCGCAAGUCCUCAACACCACCCUCGACUUCGACCCACACCAUCAACUCCCUGACCCACCUCUCAAGGCGGCGCGUGUCCUUCACCUCCCACCUUGCGACCCCGAAUUAUCCGAGUACACCCCUUGCGAGGACCGUCAACGCUCGCUACAAUUUGACAGGGAUAGGCUUGUAUACAGAGAGAGACAUUGCCCGGAAAAGAAGGAGCUUUUGAAGUGUCGCGUUCCGGCCCCGUUUGGAUACAGAGUGCCGUUUAGGUGGCCAGUGAGUAGGGAAUAUGGGUGGUUUGCUAAUGUUCCUCAUAAGGAGUUGACCGUUGAGAAGAAGAACCAGAAUUGGGUUCGGUUUGAAGGUGACCGGUUCAGGUUCCCUGGUGGGGGAACCAUGUUUCCUCGCGGUGCUGAUGCUUAUAUUGAUGAUAUUGGGAAGUUGAUUAAUCUUAAAGAUGGCUCUAUAAGGACCGCCAUUGAUACUGGCUGUGGAGUGGCAAGCUUUGGAGCUUACCUUUUGUCAAGAAACAUACUGACAAUGUCAUUUGCACCAAGAGACACCCAUGAAGCUCAGGUACAAUUUGCACUUGAACGUGGAGUUCCUGCACUAAUUGGAGUUUUUGCUUCCAUGAGACAACCUUACCCUUCAAGGGCCUUUGACAUGGCUCAUUGCUCUCGCUGCCUAAUUCCCUGGGCCACAUAUGAUGGGCAGUAUUUAAUUGAAGUUGAUAGAAUGCUUCGUCCUGGUGGGUACUGGGUUCUUUCUGGACCACCAAUUAACUGGGAAAAUCACUGGAAAGGUUGGAGCAGAACGCCCGAAGAUCUUAAUGAAGAACAGACUAGCAUCGAGACAGUAGCCAAGAGUCUAUGCUGGAAAAAAUUGGUUCAAAAAGAUGACCUUGCAAUUUGGCAGAAACCUACUAAUCAUAUUCAUUGUAAAGCCAACAGGAAGGUGUUCAAGCAGCCUCUCUUUUGCGAGUCACAAGAUCCUGACAGGGCAUGGUACACAAAAUUGGAGACUUGCUUGACACCACUGCCAGAAGUAUCCAACAUAAGAGACAUAGCAGGUGGACAACUAGCAAACUGGCCUGAGAGGUUGACUGCAAUUCCUCCAAGGAUUAGCAGUGGGAGUUUAAAUGGAAUUACCGCAGAAACUUUCACUGAGAAUACGGAGUUAUGGAAGAAAAGAGUAGAUCACUACAAGGCAGUUGACCAUCAACUAGCUGAACAGGGGCGAUAUCGCAACAUACUUGAUAUGAAUGCAUACUUGGGAGGCUUUGCAGCAGCACUAGUUGAUGAUCCUGCGUGGGUUAUGAAUGUUGUUCCUGUAGAGACAGACAUCAAUACUUUAGGAGUCAUUUACGAACGAGGGUUGAUUGGGACGUAUCAGAAUUGGUGCGAAGCCAUGUCAACUUAUCCAAGAACUUACGACUUGAUUCAUGCUGAUUCAGUUUUCAGCCUCUAUAAGGACAGAUGUGACAUGGAAGAUCUUCUGUUAGAAAUGGAUAGGAUAUUAAGGCCAGAAGGUAGUGUAAUAAUCCGAGAUGAUGUAGAUGUCUUGCUAAAAGUGAAGAGCAUAGUAGAUGUGAUGCAAUGGGAUGCAAGAAUUGCAGAUCAUGAAAGGAGUCCCCAUGAGAGGGAGAAAAUUCUUUUUGCAGUUAAGCAGUAUUGGACAGCACCAGCACCUCACCAAAAUCAAGAACAAUCUACAACACAUUUAUAGAGAUUUCUUUUUCUGUUUCAUGGUUUUGAAUAUUAUAAAUUCUUAUAAUCAGAUUAAUUUUUUUUGUCAA